AUGGCCACUACCAUGCGCCUCGGCCUGCGCGGCGCCCGCCAGCCCAUCCUCCGCCAGAACCUCCGCUUCACCCAGCGCAGGACAUACGCAACGGCUGAGACGAUCGCAGAGCCAGCUACUGAGUCUGGCUUUACGAAGUUCUACAACAGCCCGGUUGGACCGAAGACUGUGCACUUCUGGGCUCCGAUCAUGAAGUGGGGCGUAGUCCUAGCCGGCGCCUCCGACUUCCUGCGUCCAGCCUCCCAACUCUCCCUCUCGCAGAACAUGGCUCUGAUGGCCACCGGCUCGAUCUGGACCCGCUGGUGCUUCGUCAUUAAGCCCCGCAACUUGUUCCUCGCCUCCGUGAACUUCCUGCUCUUCUGUGUGGGAGCUGCGCAGACGACGAGGGUGUUGAUGUACCAGCAGAGUCUGAAGGGUGACAGUAUGGGUGCUGAGAUUGAGAAGUCGGCGAAGGAGGGCGUGAAUGAGAUUGUGGAUGUUAUUAAGCAUCCUGGUAAGGUUGUUGAAAGUGUGGAGAAGACGAAAUAG